UCUCGAAAAAUCUAACCACCGGAUUCGAGAUAACCUCAGUAUACAUUACGGAGUAAAUUAAGUUAAUUUAUAAACAUUAUACCAUUCCAUACAAUACCAAUGACAUUAUACCAUUUUGGAAACUGUGUCGCGUUAGUUUAUGUACCAUUUUAUCUGACAUAUAAAUAUUCUGGUUUGUCAGAAUAUGGGGCCUUUUGGAAAUGUAUCCAAGCCGGUGGAAUUUACGUCUUCACACAGCUGUGUAAAAUGCUGGUACUUGCAACUUUCUUCCCUGCAAAUGAUGGUGGCGGACAGGGAGGCAUGGAUUUUGUUGGGGAAUUCCUGAAGGCGACUGUUGAGUUGGCUGACCUUGGAGGCUUAUAUCUAGUCUUGAUGGGAAUUCCUGGCAGAAGUCACGCUAAAGUAUUGACAGCUGGGGUGGGCUGGGCUGGAGCAGAUUUACUACUGUCUCGAUUCCUUUUCCUGUGGUUUGGUGCUCGAGGAGUUGAAUUUGACUGGAUGUAUAUCCAAAAGAGUUUUGAUUCUAACAUCAGCCUGGUGCAGCAUGUCACCACAGCAACCCUUGUAUGGCUGUGGUCUCGCCACGAUCUCAGUCGCUCAUUACUUCCCAUCGUUACGGUACUGCUUCUCCUCUGUUCUUACAAGUUUCUAUUGAUGGAGAUUUUUGUUCAUGCCACCAUCAGCAGUCCAUGGAUAGAACUGCUAGUCCGAGCCGUACUCACGCUUUGCCUGGCGGUUACUACACUACAGAUCUAUGCUGGUUUCGCUCAGUCGAUUGGCAUUUAUUAACUGCUGGACAUGUGACCAAAGUUUAGUAACAAAACUUUUCUGUGACCUGAAGUUUGAUAAAUACUGGCGCCAGAAUUUCAAACUGGAGUUUAGACAUGUUUUAAGGUGACAGUUUGGGGGAUUUACCUCAUUUGUGCUAGAAUUGAGCUUAUAACUUUAAAGCAAGAACUCCAGUUCCAAUGGCAUUGUAUCUGAAGUCUUUAGAGAACAAACUGUUGCUUGGUGCUGCCGCCUCAAAUGUUCCUCCAGUGAUCAUGAGUUUGGGGCACUGGCAGAGUGAAGAAAGGAACCCCAGUGCCAAUUUUUUUCAUCACAUAUCCCACACAAAUUUCCUUGGGCUUGAACCAAGGCCUUUGUGAUAAGAAGCCAGCAGCUAACCUCGUGAGCUGUGGCACAGUUUCACAAAACACUGAUGUCAAAGGAUGUCCAAAAAAAAUAGUGUCAACUGAUGAAAUUAGAUGUGUUGAUUGAUAAUGCAACAAAUAUCAUAUUACAGAAUAACUGGAAUGCUUUGUUAUAAGAAAACAGUAGUUACAAAUUUGAUCUCAAAAAUUAUGUAUGAGAAAUUAUAUUACUUUUCAUAUAAAUUGAUAUAAUAUGUACGAUGGGGUAAUUAUGAAAUAAUAACAACUGCUGCGAAUACAUCAGAUUCUGGAUCAUCAACCUUUCAGCUCUGAAUUACCAUAUUCACCCAAAUAAGCGAUUCUGAAUCUAAGACAUCUCCCCACUAAGAAACCGACAUUAUAGUCUGAUUUCAAUUACCACAAACGUGAGAGAGAAUAAAUAUUUGAAAAACGCAUUAUACAUCA